AGCAAACGUGUACAACAUUAUCUCCGUGUUUUUCAUGGCUGAGAAGUGAGAAGUCACUCCACUUCUGCUUAUAUAUAAACGCAAGUUAAUAAUCAAUGCAGUUUUUAGAUUUCUAAUUUCAGACAUCACCACCAUGAAAAGCCUCUGUCUUGGGCCGUUCCUUGCUGCUAGUGCUCCGGUUGAUAGAAGAGCAUUUGGAGGUCAUUUAACCAGAAAGUGCUUUCAAAACCAACUUCACUUCCGAUCAAGUUGUGUUGUUUUCUCUUCAUACUCAUGUUCUGCAACUCUAUCAGUGGUGCCAGAAGUAGAAGAGAAGCAAGUAUUUGAUGGUGAGGAGGCUAAUUUGCUCGUUAGAGAGCUCAGAAAGAGCUUUGAUUCAGGCAGGACAAAGAGCUAUGAAUGGAGGGUUUCCCAGUUGGAGGCCAUAGCUAGGAUGUUAGAAGAGAAAGAGAAGGAAAUUACUGAAGCUCUUUAUGAGGACCUUUCUAAACCUCAAUUUGAAGCAUUUAUAGCCGAGGUUGCCCAGGUAAAAUCCGCAUGUAGUGAAGCACUUCAAGAGCUGAAGCACUGGAUGAAGCCUGAAAAGGUGAAUACUUCAAUCACAACAUUUCCAUCAUCUGCCGAGAUUGUGCCAGAACCACUGGGGGUUGUGUUGGUCAUCUCAACAUGGAACUUUCCUUUCUUGUUAUCAAUGGAUCCAGUCAUUGGAGCCAUUUCUGCGGGUAAUGCAGUGGUCCUAAAACCAUCAGAAAUUGCUCCAGCAACAUCAUCACUGCUUGCAAAUUUGAUUGAACAAUAUCUAGACAGCUCUGCCAUAAGAGUUGUUGAAGGGGCUAUUCCUGAAACAACUGCACUCCUGGACCAGAAGUGGGAUAAGAUACUUUACACAGGUAGUGCUAGAGUAGGUCGCAUUGUCAUGGCUGCUGCUGCAAAGCAUCUUACACCAGUGAUUCUGGAACUUGGAGGAAAGUGCCCAGCUGUUGUUGAAUCAGAUGUCAACUUACAAGUUACUGCUAGGAGGAUUAUAGCUGGCAAGUGGGCAUCCAAUAGUGGACAAGCAUGCAUUUCUGUUGAUUAUAUCAUCACAAGAAAAGAAUUUGCUCCAAAGCUGAUAAGUGCCUUGAAAGAAGAACUGGAACAAUUUUUUGGGAAAGAUCCUAUGGAGUCAAAAGACAUGUCACGAAUUGUGUCUCCAAACCAGUUUGCACGGCUUGUGAAUCUCUUGGAUGAGGAUAAGGUGUCUGACAAAAUUGUGUUAGGAGGUCAGAGGGAUGAGAAGAAAUUAAGGAUUGCCCCAACUAUCGUAUUGGAUGUUCCUGAAGAUGCUAUGGUAAUGCAGGAAGAGAUAUUUGGGCCAAUAUUGCCAAUCAUCACUGUAGAUAACAUAGAAGACUGCUACAGUAUAAUCAAAUCAAAGCCAAAACCUCUUGCUGCAUAUCUCUUCACAAACAAUGAGCAGCUGAAGAAGGAUUAUGUGGAAAAGAUAUCUUCUGGAGGGAUGCUCAUCAAUGACGCUGUCAUCCAUGUUGCUACUCGUGGUUUGCCUUUUGGAGGAGUUGAAGAGAGUGGAAUGGGUUGUUACCAUGGAAAAUUCUCUUUUGAUAGUUUCAGCCACAAGAAGGCAGUUCUCUACAGAAGUUUUGAUGCAGAUUCAUCCGUAAGGUACCCUCCGUAUACACCUCAGAAGGAAAAAUUAUUGAAGGCCUUAAUUAGUGGCAAUAUUGUUCAAAUAAUUCUUACUCUUUUUGGAUGGUCUUAAGCAUGAUAUGGUAUUUUUUUUUAAAUGAUCUCGAGUUAGAAAGUACUAAAACAAUGUGCUAGGGCAGUAACUUGUGGCUUACACUUUGAUCAAAGUGUCAAAAUUUAAUUAUUAAUUUUCCCCAUUGGUUUUCAAUCA